AUGGAGCUAUCGACAGUGACCCUGAAUCCUCCAGAGUCCACACUCUACACCAGAAAGGAGUCCCUUCAUGAAACAACCUGGUCAUCGGAACUGCCGACUGAGCCCCCACUGGAUUCAAAGAGACAAUACAGUUACAUCUACAUUUCCCUGCUCAUAUGCCUCCUGGGGGCACUCGGGAAUGGGCUGUUGAUAGCGUUUCUCACCUUCUGUGUGAAGAGGAAGCCGCUAACCGUCUACAUCCUGAACCUUGCCAUCGCUGACUCCAUGGUCCUCCUCUGCACCUUUGCCUUCCAGCUGAUGAACAUCCUCUAUUACCACCUCAGUGACGACACCUUCCUAAACUACGUCAUCUUCCUCAUGGUUUUUGGCUACAACACGGGUCUGCACCUCCUCACGGCCAUCAGCGUGGAGCGGUGCCUCUGCGUGCUUUACCCACUCUGGUACCACUGUCAACGCCCAAAGCACCAAUCCGCCAUCGCCUGUGUCCUGCUGUGGGCACUUUCGGUCCUCGUGUCUGGGUUAGAAAGCUUCUUCUGCAUUCUGAAAAUAGAGCCUACACUCCCCAAGUGUCAGUACGUGUACACGUUUUCUUGUAUCGUGGCCUUCGUCAUCUUUGCUCCUCUCUUGGUCUUCUCCAACUUGAUCCUCUUCCUCCAAGUCUGCUGUAACCUGAAGCCCCGUCAACCCACAAAGCUCUACAUCAUCAUCAUGGUCACUGUGGUCUUGUUUCUGGUCUUCGCCAUGCCCAUGAAGGUUGUGUUGAUCCUCGUGUACUCUUGUGGCCCCGGUGCUGACUACGUGGGCAGGUUCUUUCCUUAUUUGUACACGAUGUCCACCAUCAACUGCAGUGUCAACCCAAUUGUCUAUUUUGUGGUAGGGAGUGUUAGGAGAGAGAGAAGUAGGAAGUCCUUAAAAGAAACAUUGCAAAAGGUCUUUGAAGAAAAGCCAGUGCCAGACUUGGGUGGGAAUGCCACACAAUUGACUCCAGACUCAGCAUCUCCCACUAGGAUGUCCUAA